GAUGGUUAUAAUGAUGAUGAUGACAAAGAUAAUGCUGAGAUAUGCCAUUUUAGUAGUGUAUACAUUUCUGUAUACUUGAAACCUUAUUUAUCAUGACACUGGAAAUAUUUAAUGUCACUAGAGUUUUUAAGGUGAUCAGCAAUUCUUAUUGGUACACUUCUGGGUAUAUAUAUAUAUAUAUAUAUAUAUGGUACACUUCAACUUUAUACCAAAUGACAAACCUGUUGGCGGCAGGUCAUCAGAACACAAAGCAGUGAAGAAGUUCGGUGUUCUUUAGACGAAUUGGAUGCUGUUAUUGCUACUUACGAUGAUGAGAACAAUAACCAUAAUCAUAACAACAGUGUUGUUGAUGUUAACAAUUGCAUAAGACAAUUAUUCACUUCACCUUUAACUAUUGCUACAAAUUCAACAGACUAUUCAGCCUGUUCAACAUUCAUUCCCUCUUCUACAUCCUCCACUAUAUUGCCUAAUCAAUUAUCAUCUACACUUCAAAAAAAUAUUGAUUUAUUAUCUUUGAUAAAUCAAUCAAAUCAUUCAGUAAUAACAAGUAAAGCAUUACCAGUCUCAUCAUCAUCAUUAUCAGCAGCAGCAGCAGCAACGCCGACAUCAGUGACAACAAGUAUGCAUUUUAUAACAUCUGGUACAGAAAACACCCAUCAUCAUCAUCAUAAUUAUAAUAAUGGUUUGAGUAAUGGAAAUGAGAUAAGGCGACAGUGUAAAGAUCCCGUACAGAUGAAUAGUAUAACAACUGGAUUUAAUUCAUCCUUACAAUCAUUUUGUACGCUAACAAAACACGUUGAAAAAACUGAAUCUUCACCUCCAUUACCUCCUCCACCGGAUCCGUAUGCUUCAGAAAAUUUUACACUUCCACCGCCUCCUCUAUCAGCAGUAGAUAUUCCAGCCUUGCCGUAUAGUAGUAAUACAGUAAUUAGACAGGAUACACUAAAAUCUUUAUCUUCACAGUUCAACUCUCCUUCAAAUGGUUAUUUAAAUCGACAGAUAUCUGAUCCUCACCAUGAAGUAGAUACAAGUGCGGACUCAUAUUGUUGUACAAAUAACAGCCGUUGCACACAAUCUUCUAAUUCCUCAACGAAUAAAUCCACAACAAGACCAUCAAUUCCUCAGAGAGCUCCAUCUACACGAUUGACAAGUGUACCGAAUUGUUCUAAACAAGAUUUAGAUACACCUCUUAUAGAGAAUACGAAAGGAUUGAAUGCAUUCUGUGACAGGGGUAAUGGAACAGGCCAUUUAAUAAAGACGACAGGAUCCUGUAAUACAAAUCCUGUGAAAACUCCUUCGGAAAUAUCAUCAAAAGAGGAGAAUGAUUCAAUUGAACGUACCACUCUACCUGUACAAGAUAUAAUACGUAAAUUUGGCAGUCUACUUGAUAGUAAUGCAAAAAUACCAAAUCAGUGCUAUACCUCUUCUUGUUCACAAAAUGUAAUACCAUCGUCGUCAACAACAACAGCAAUCCGAUCAAAUGACUCCUUAAACACUUGUCAAAAUCGCCACUUACUUCAACCGGAUAAUAGUAGUAGUAGUAGUAUAAAAACAUCAGCUAUGCGUAAAUAUAACCAGCCGACGACAGUUGAUGGUAACAAUUCACAGAAUAUUCCCUUUAUGGAUAAUGUCAAUUCAUCUACAAAAUUAGGACAUUCCACGAAUAAUGGAAUAAUGACACCGACUGUUUUAGCCUCACAAACUUCCACAUCAACAUCACAGGAGAACCAUGCAUCACUACCAUCAUCGUCUUUAAUGCAGGUGAAUCAAGGCAUUAAUUUAUCUCCUGAGAUGACUCGUUUUCCACAGAUCAAUAAUAACAACAAUAAUAAUAACAAUAAUAAUGCAGUUAAAUAUACUAACUUAUCACCUGUCUUCAGUACUUCCUUCUCUCCUUUGUUACCUUUGUCAUCAUCAUCAGCAGCAGCAGUAGCACCAACAUCAAAUGUUACUAAUCUUCACAGAACUGUUGAAUCAGUGUAUAUUAACCGGAAAAUCGAUAAUGACAGAUGUGACUUCAAUUCUACAGUGACAAACUUUUCAUCUGUUUCACAAACAACUACAAUGCAUCACACAAAUACUUCAACAUUUCUAUCUUCUGGGAAUAUGUCAGGUGGUGGAUUGUCUAAAGCAGCUCAUAAUAGUAAUAAUAAUAAUAAUAAUAAAACCAACAAUAGCAACCACUCGGGUAACAAUGGUAAAGAUUCAACGUUAAAUCACAAUCCUCGUGUUCAUCAUUAUCAGCAGCCACAACAUCAACAACAACUUGAUUCACAUGUAGUCCAUCAACUCAGUGGUACUUUGUUACAACGACGAUUGUCAUCUGAUUCUACAGCAGAUUCUUCUUCUAUAGUUCAUGUACAGUCGAUGAAUUUAGAUUCAAAUACAUUAGCUAUAUUUAAUCAAUUCAAUAUUGUUGAUGCUACUCAAAUCCCUGGUUAUCAUUCUAUUCCACCUGGUCUACCAGACUGGAAAACACAUCGAUUAGAGAGAAAGAAUCGUGAAGCAGCUAGUUUGUAUGCAGAAGAAUUAAAGAAAUGGGGUCUUGUACCUAAUUGGAAACGUGAACUAAUUGAAAAGAAACAAUUGAAUAAAAUGGAUAACCAUCAGACUUCGAAUCAGCAUCAACAUCAACAACAAACCUGUCCAACUCAAUCGCUAGACUAUCAAGGUAACAAUCUCAACCAAUCAUUGGCUACACCGGAAUUAGCUGAAAAGUUGAAACGUCGUUUGGAUAAAGUGUCAAAUGCAACACUUGAAUCAUAACACACUAGUUAGUGUGCAUCAUUAAUGAAUGAUACAUACCAGACACACACACACAAAUACACAUACUUGCAUACGCACAUACUGUGAAUUAUCUUCUUUUUUUUAUUCGUUUACUUAUCCUCACACUCAGUCAGUCUAUGCUUCAUUUUAAUACCUCUGUUGUCUUGGCAACCAAGCAACCAACCAACCAGCCAGCCAUAAUUUCACUGACAUUCUUUAUAGCUUACUAGGAAUAUUAUUAACUAAUUAACCAAUUAACUAACUAACUACCUAAUUGUUCAAAGCAAGAUUUGGAUAUCCAAACUGACCGAAAACAUGAAUAUUUUUAAAAUUCGGGUUUUUUUGGUUGUUUCCCCUUCUUCUUCUUCUUCUUUUAAUGUAGCUGUUGAUUGAUUAUUGUCAGUACUGUUAUUAUUAUUAUUUUCGCUUGAAUAAUCCACUACUUUAUAUUCUAGGGAUUUGAAUAUGUGCCUGUGUGCGCAUCCCUCUGUGGUGUGCUCAUAUAUAUAUAUGCACACACACAGAUACACUAUGCAUAUAAAUAUAUGACUAUUGCCAAUAAUCCUAUUUUCCAGUAACUUUUCUCUAUGCCAACUUUUUUUGUUUAGUUUAAAUCGAUUUUGUUGAUAGGGUGGGAACACGAAGUUGUAAUGAUUUUCCGCCUUAGUAUUAUUAUCAUUAUUAUCUUUAUUUUCCACACAGACUUAAUUGUAAAAAAAAACUCGUCAACAAGUAAAAGAAAACACAACAACAAAUGGAGACCUUCACUUUUGAUUUGAAGAAUGAGACAAACGGAUGAAUGGACGGGUGGUGGUGGGGGGGUAGAUAACAUGAGAGUUCAAGACCAUUCUAAUGUGCUAUUUGUUGUUUUCGUUCAACUACGAUAGAUAGAUAGAUACAUAAGAUCCAUUCAUCUAUCUAUCUACCUAUCUGUCUAUCUGAUCUAGUACAGUUUAUCAUUAAUUACCAAUUUCUUCAGGAUUAUUUCACAUUUAAUCUGUUUGUUGAUGAUGAUUGUAUAAUCAAAUGCGAAAUAAAAGAAUAUAUACCUAUAUAACUCACUCGAAAUCAAUACAGUGUUACAUGCGUAGGAGGAUUUUUCUCUAUUCUUCUUCUUCUUCUUCCUGUUACGCCUAUCUACUCUUGUUUUGUUUCGUUUUGUUCGUUUGUUUGUUUUUUUUCUGUUUUAGCGUUUUCUUUGUUUGUUAAAUAAUAAUAAUAAUAAACAACAACUAAAAGGAUA